AUGGGCCAAGGUCUACGGCCUCUUCCAGUCCCUCAAGGUCAAGGUCGCCGUGGCGGCCCUUCAUUCAGGCAUCCCAAAAUGGGCGAAAGACGCGGAACGAAAGCCCUGGAGACGUGGUGCCGAAGAGUGACCGCUGGAUAUCCUGGAGUCAAGGUGGAUAACAUGACCACCUCCUGGAGGGACGGCCUAGCAUUCUGUGCCCUCAUACACCACUUCAGGCCUGACCUAAUGUGA